GACCGGGACGCGGCCGGAGCCCGGGAAGCUGCUGCGGGGCGAUGGCCGCGCCGAGCCCGGGGCCCCACGAGGUCCUGGCCCCCUCCCCAGAGGCUGGAUGCAGAGCAGCCCCCUCGACGUCUGGCCGCCGUGGCCUCCUCUGGCGCCUCCGUGACAAGCAGGCUCGCCGAGGCCUGUUUGAGAUCGGCCCGGGGCAUGAGCUGCACCAGCAGACGUGCAUGAUGCAAGCAGGGCUGUGGGCUGCCACCCAGGUCUCCAUGGACCACCCGCCCACCGGACCGCCUACUGAGGAGGAUUUCUCCGAGGUCCUGACCCAGGUCCAUGAGGGCUUCGAGAUGGGCACCCUGGCUGGCCCCGCCUUCGCCUGGCUGCGCCAAUCCCUAGGCCUGGCUGAGGAGGACUAUCAGGCAGCCCUAGGCCCCGGAGGCCCCUACCUGCAGUUCCUCAGCACCUCCAAGAGCAAGGCCAGCUUCUUCCUGUCCCACGACCAGCGCUUCUUCCUGAAGACCCAGCGGCGUCGGGAGGUGCGGGCGCUGCUCGCCCACCUGCCCCGCUACGUGCAGCAUCUGCAGAGGCACCCACACUCGCUCCUUGCCCGGUUGCUGGGAGUGCACAGUCUGCGGGUGGCUCGGGGAAAGAAGGAAUUCUUCAUCAUCAUGCUGAGUGUCUUCUACCCCGCCGGCCGCAUCUCUGAGAGGUAUGACAUAAAGGGCUGUGAGGUGAGCCGAUGGGUGGAGCCAGCCCCCGAGGGUAGCCCCCUUGUCCUGGUGCUGAAGGACCUCAACUUUCAAGGCAAGACCAUCGACCUGGGGCCCCAGCGGAGCUGGCUCCUCCACCAAAUGGAACUGGACACCGCCUUCCUCCGGGAGCUCAACGUGCUCGAUUACAGCCUCCUGAUGGCCUUCCAGCGUCUCCAUGAGGAUGAGAGGGGCCCUGGCAGCAGCCUCCUCUUCCGCACGGUCAGGUCUGUGCGAGGGGUACAGAGCCCGGAGGAGCCGGGAUCCCAGAACCGCCGGCUGCUGCCUGACUCCCCCAACGCCUUGCACAUCCUGGACGGGCCGGAGCAACGCUAUUUCCUGGGCCUCGUGGAUCUCGCCACGGUCUAUGGGCUCCGCAAGAGGCUGGAGCACCUAUGGAAGACGCUGCGCUACCCGGGCCGGACCUUCUCUACCGUCAGCCCCGCUCGCUACGCCCGUCGCCUCUGCCAGUGGGUGGAGGCACAUACCGAGUGAUCCGCGCUCGCGGCGCUCGGCAUCUGGACAAUGGGCGCAUGCCGGGAACCAGCGUUGGGCUCCCCUCGCCUGCCGUUCCGCCUUUGGCCUCCAGAGGGCAGCACCCCCUAACUAAUAUCGUGACAACACAGCCUCAUGCGGUGGCGGUGCCGUUUUGGCCUUGUGCCAGGGACUCUCCUACGUUAGCUCAUUUAACCCUAAAAAAAAAAAAAAAGCUAUUAUUCUCUUUUUACAGACCAUGAAAUGGAGGCUCAGGGGGUGAAGGGACUGAGCAAGAUCAUUCAGCAAUAAAUGCUGGAACCAGGA